GAUUAACGUGAAAAGUUUCGCGGGAAAUCAACAUGGCGCAGGCGGGCGACAUGAUAUCCACAGCGACGGGCUCGGUGCAAUGUCCCGUUUGCUCCAAAUACUUUGAGUCGGCUGUGAUUAACGGACACCUCGACGUGUGUCUAUUGAAGGGGGAUACCGACAGCUGCCCGUCACCAACUACCGACGAGAGAGGACCUCCUCUAAAGAAACCCCGCAUCAGUGCGGAGGUCGUACCGCCCAGUCCCGGUGUCAACAAACCUGCCGCGGGGGCCCCGACAUCGUCGAUGUUCUCUCUGUUUCAGACCAACAAGGGUAAAUCAUCACUUCCGCGUGAGCAGUGUGGCUCGUUCACCGGUCAACAAAGUGCUACCGGCGCUGUCAACACGGGGGUUAAACGCGGUGCAGUGAAUGAAGCUGAACCUGGACCAGCGGCGGGGGCAGAGACUGUGAAGAGCCACACGUCCGGCGGACAACCGCUGUCCGUGAAGGCAACACGGGGUCUAUCAGCGCGGGCGGUGCUCACGAUGGACAAGCCUCUGGCGGACAUGCUGCGACCCAACACUCUGGAGGAAUACUUCGGUCAAAGUAAAGUGGUGGGCCAGCAAACGCUCAUCCGGUCACUCCUGGACUCGCAGGAGAUACCGUCUCUGCUCCUGUGGGGGCCACCGGGCUGUGGAAAGACCACCCUUGCGCACAUUAUCGCCAGCGCCAGUAAAAAGAACGGCACGGCUCGCUUCGUCACGCUGUCUGCGACCAGCACGUCCACCAGUGAGGUGCGAGAGGUGAUCAAGCAGGCGCAGAACGAGCUGCGACUGUGCAAGAGGAAGACCAUCCUGUUCAUUGAUGAAAUUCACCGCUUCAACAAGUCCCAACAGGACACCUUCCUUCCUCACGUGGAGUGCGGGACAGUAACGCUGAUCGGAGCGACCACUGAGAAUCCGUCCUUCCAGGUGAACGCUGCCCUGCUGAGUAGGUGCAGGGUGCUGGUUCUGGAGAAGCUCUCUGUGGAGGCAAUGGGCUCGAUCCUGGACAGGGCUGUGACCACGCUCGGCAUCAGAGUCCCGGGACCAGAUCUAGCAAGUCCCAAAGAUCAAGACCAAACAGAUGGACACGAACCAAAGAUUUACAUUGAGCAAAAAGCUCUGGACACUAUCGCCUACCUCUGUGAUGGUGACGCAAGAGCUGCACUCAACAGUCUGCAGCUGGCUGUUCAGGCUCAGGUGAGCCGGUCAAGCCUGUCGGCACAAAACGGUCCACCUCAAGAAAUCCUGGUGAAGGAGGCGCAUGUGAAGGAAGGUCUUCAGAGGUCCCAUAUUCUCUAUGAUAAAGCUGGUGAAGAGCAUUACAACUGUAUCUCAGCGAUACAUAAGUCGAUGAGAGGCUCCCAUGUGAAUGCGUCUCUGUACUGGCUGGGCCGCAUGCUGGAGGGCGGCGAGGAUCCCCUCUAUGUGGCUCGCAGACUCGUCCGCUUUGCGAGCGAGGAUGUUGGUAUGGCAGAUCCCUCCGCUCUUCCUCAGGCUGUGUCCGCCUUCCAGGCCUGUCACUUCAUUGGGAUGCCGGAAUGUGAGGUGAUCCUGGCUCAGUGUGUGGUGUAUCUGGCACAGGCGCCGAAGUCUGUGGAGAUCUACAAGGCCUAUGCAAACGUGAAGGCCUGUUUGAGGAACCACAAAGGCCCCCUGCCUUCCGUCCCCUUGCACCUGCGCAACGCCUCCACAAAGCUGAUGAAGCAGCUGGGCUACGCUAAAGGCUACAAAUACAACCCAGCCUUCAGCAACCCUGUGGAGCAGGAUUACUUACCUGAGGAGCUACGCGGAAUCGACUUCUUCACCUGGACGCCCUCAGACCCAUGAGUACAUCCUGUAAUGAUUUAGGCCACAUAAUGUGCAGUCUCAAACCAAGGCUGCUAAUUGUGAACAAUAGUGGGAUAUAUGUUUUGAUGUGGCCACUGAUCCAAAUUCACAAUUGACAUGCUCAGUUUCCAAGGUGAAUGAAGAAUUGAAAUCACAACCAUUUUCAUGUUCAAAUGUUUGUACAGUUUUACUUUUGUCAAUUGUUUUAGAUUAUAAAGGAUAUACAACCCACGUACAGUUAAAUUUACAUUUAGAUAGAUAGCUCAUAUUAAGUCCUCAAUUCAUUGGAAAUAAAAAUAAAUGAAACCUACAGUAAAUUACAGGGCAUGCCUUUGUAUUUCCAUAAUAGGUAGUCUUUAAAUGUGUUAAAUAAGUCUGUCGAGGUUUACCUGUCUUCCCUACAUUGUUUAAACUGAUUAAAAUGUUUGUAUGUUUAUAUCCCCCCAUAAUGUAAAAUACAAAACUACACUAAAUUGAACUUUCCUUAAA